UGGUCCUGGUCCGUAGCAAAUGGGGUGCCUCUAAGGAUGCGUUGCAUACAGCCAGUUCGCGAGGGCUCAACGCCGUGUCUCAGUGGUUUGGCGUCAGAGAUGACGAAGAGGUGCGCAAGUGGCAUUCACGCACACUUGUGGCCAAGCACACGCGAGAAGUGGACACGCAGAAGGGCGAUGCGGAAGAUCUCGGUAAGUUUCCAUGGGUGAUGUAUGGCUAG